UUCUUCACAAAUGAAUUCAAGAUUUUAAGUGGGUGGAUUCAAUUGGUAUAAUUUUAGCACUAAACCAAUUGCCAUUCUAAAAUUAUACAAUUCUUUUCCUUAGUUAUGCUGCCUUUGGGUGGCUGGGAGAUAUAUAGAACCUUAAAAUGAUAGUCUUGUGCACAAAACAUCCUGCGUUAGCAAGAUCUAGGGAAGGACCGCAUCCCAGGAGGUGUGGUGCAGACAGUCUACCCUACUGCAAGCAUUAGUGACUGCUUUACCGGUCGAAUCCCUGGCCUAUGGAUCACAUGGAAACAACUUCACCGUUGUUCUAAGGCUACCUCCACAAAAUCUCAGAGAGAAUUGGGCAUUCCCAAGCCAAUACAAAAUUGAAGUGAAUGCUUAUAAUUGCGUUGUGUGAAGUACAAUUGUGCUUCAAUCAUGUGAUGGGGAGGACUCCUCUCUAAAACAUGCGAUCACAGGUUCAUGGGGUUGUAAACAUUUUUGGAUGGGGAAUCCUCUUGCCUAUAGGGGUAAUAAUUGCAAGAUAUUACAAAAGACCCCCUUUGAAAUGUGAUGAAUGGUACCCUCUUCAUGUUCGUUCUAAAGUAGCAGGGUUCAUUUUGGGCUCAGUUGGAUGGGGUAUUGGCAUUUCAAUCAGAAAUUCAGCCAAAGAACACACCAUGAUGAGCACCCAUGGAAUUCUUGGCACUAUAAUCUUCACUUUCACUACAAUCCAAGUUUUGGCGAUAUGUUUGCUGCCGGAUGAAGAAAAUGUAUACAGGAAAUAUUGGGUGAUAUACCAUAAUUGUUUUGGUUAUGCAUUGAUAAUCCUAACCAUUGUAAAUAUAUUCCAAGGAAUUGAGAAGGAAGCACCAAGCAAUAGAUGGAAAUGGUCUUAUGCUGUACUUGUGGGUGUUAUGGGAUUGACUGCUCUUUUUCUUGAACUUAUUCCAUGUUUUACUUUGAUUAAAUACAAAUUAUCUUCCAAUGGUAUUGAGUAGCACCAUAUUAGUUUGUUAUUUAUGUAUCUGCCGCAAUAAUCCUCUUAAUAUAUAGUCAUAUCUUUAAAAAAAAACUCAAUAUAAUGCGAUAUGCAAGUUAUAUGCAGACAGAGUUAGAGCU